AUUACUGUUUCUUAUGGAUUUUCUUCCAGUCGAGAUAUUUUGUGCUUUCUUCACGUCUGGAUUCUUUGAAGCAGGGGUUUAAGGGUUGACGCACCUGCCUUGGGUACCAUUCAGAGCAAAAUAUAUUUUUCUAUCCAUGAAAGAGAGCACUGGUCUCGCGUCUCAACGCCGAGAGCUGGAGCCUGACGAAAAGUCUUCGCUGAAGGCGCGGGUGUGGUGGCCGUCCAAGCCCUCCAUGGCUUCUCCUGUGCGCUCGCUCCUGCUGUGGGUCCUUCUGCUGCUCGACCCCUGUGGCCUGCUGGUGGCGCCGGUGAGCGGCCUGGUGUACCGCAUCCCAGAGGAGCAGCCCCCCUCCACCUUAAUCGGGGGCCUGGCUUCGGACCAAGGGCUGCCCGACAGCGGACACCUGUACAAGCUGGAGGUCGGCGCCCCCUACCUGCGGGUCGACGGCAAGACGGGCGACAUCUACACCACCGAGAUCCCCAUCGACCGCGAGACGCUGAAGAACUGCCGCAACAAGGGCAAGCCCUGCUUCCUGGAGUUCGAGGUCUCCGUCACCGACCUGAUCCAGAACCAGAGUCCCCGGCUGAUCGAGGGCCGCCUGGAGGUGCUGGACAUCAACGACAACACGCCGCAGUUCCCCACGCCCGUCCUCACGCUGUCCAUCCCGGAGAACACGCAGAGCGGCGUGCUCUUCCCCAUACCGCUGGCCACCGACCGCGACACCGAGAAGAACGGCGUGUCGGACUACAAGCUGUCGGCGGGGCCCGAGGCGGCGACGCUGUUCAGCCUGCAGGUGGCGGAGGAGCGGGGAGAGAAGCAGCCGCAGCUGAUCGUGCUGGGCAGCCUGGACCGCGAGCAGAAGGACUCGUACGACCUCAGCAUCAAAGUGCUGGACGGGGGCGCCCCGCCGCGCCAGAGCAGCGCCUUGCUCCGCGUGGUCAUCACCGACGCCAACGACAACGCGCCCAGGUUCGAGAGGGCCACGUACGAGGCGAAAGUCGCCGAGAACAGCCCCGUUGGACACUCGGUUCUUCAGGUCAAGGCAAAUGACUCUGACCUUGGCCCCAAUGGGGAGAUCGAGUACACUCUCCACCAGGCGCCCGACCCCGUCCCCAAACUCCUGAGGAUCGAUCGCUCCACCGGCAUCAUCUACGUGAAAGGCUCCCUGGACCGAGAGGAGAUCAACAGCCUGAAGUUUUACGUGGUGGCGCGGGACAAAGGGCCAACCCCCAAGUCGUCCAAAACCUUCGUGGAGAUCGAGGUGACGGACCAGAACGACAACGCCCCGGCCGUGGAGAUCCGCGGCAUUGGCCUGGUGACACACAGCGAGGGAGUGGCAAACAUAUCGGAGGAUAUGCCGGUGGGCACGCCAGUAGCGCUGGUACAGGUCUCGGAUCAGGACGAAGACGAGAACGCGGUUGUUACUUGUGUUGUCGCCGGGGACGUUCCGUUCCAGCUCCGCUUGGCAAGCAACUCGGCUGCCGAGCACAAGAAGAAGUACUUUCUGCAGACUACAACACCCCUCGACUAUGAGGACGUGCGCGAGUACCGCGUUCAGAUAGUUGCCGUGGACUCGGGUAACCCUGCUCUCUCCAGCACAAACUCGCUGAGGGUGCAGGUGACGGAUAUCAACGACAACUCCCCCGUCUUUUCCCCUUCGCUGUUUGAGGUGGAGUUUAAAGAGGAAAACCAACCCGGGGAAAAGAUUCUGGAUGUGGUUGCCAAAGAUGCUGACAGUGGCACGAAUGCUGAGCUCACCUACCGGAUCCUUGCAGAGCCCUCCAUAAAUGGCCUCUUUGAGAUUGACGCGAGCACAGGCACGGUGCGCGCCCGGAGCCCCCUGGAUAGGGAGCACAAGGAGAGGUACGAGUUUCAGGUCGUCGCGGCCGACAAGGGAGUGCCCAGUCACAGCGGCACGGCCACGGUGGUGGUGAAGGUGCUCGAUCGCAACGACAACGAGCCCAAGUUCAUGCUGAAUCGCUACACGUUCUCCGUGCUGGAGAACAUGCCCCCUCUCAGCCCCGUUGGCAUGGUGACGGUGAUGGACAUGGACAAAGGGGAGAACGCUCAAGUGCGGCUGUCCGUCGAGCCGGACGGCGGGAAGUUUAUUGUUCAGAACGGCACAGGGACGAUACUGUCCAGCAUAUCCUUUGACAGAGAGAAAGAGAGCAGCUACACGUUCCGUCUGAAAGCGGUGGACGGUGGCGAACCACCCAGGUCGUCCUACGUGGGCGUGGUGAUCAACGUCCUGGAUGAAAACGACAACGCACCAAUCAUCAUCAAGCCUUCAAACUCAUCCUUCAGGCGCCUGUCGCCAUUGGCUGCUCCAGACAGCAGGGUAGAAGUGGUGGAGGCCGAGGACAUGGACACAGGCCCUAAUGCAGAGCUGCUGUUCAACAUCAUGGGCGGGAAUCCACACGAGCUCUUCCGCAUAUCGCAGUCCAACGGCGAGAUAACCCUGGCCAAAGAGCUGACCCGAAAACACAGUGGCCUUCACCGGCUGGUGGUCAGAGUGAGCGACAAGGGCAAACCCGUACGCCACACCACUGCCCUCGUGCACAUCUACGUCAACGAAACUAUCGCCAACGUCAGUUUCGUGGAAGCGCUGGUCGGGCACAGCCUCUACACACCGCUGGACACGGACAUCGCGGGUGACCCCGACUUUGACCCCGCUCACCGCAGCAACAUUGUUUACGGCAGCCUGGCAGGUGUGGCUGGGGUCAUCAUGGUGAUCGUAGUGGUGGUGUUCAUCCGCCACCGCGUCCAGAGGGAGACCAAGAGUGGCUACCAGGCCGGCAAGAAGGAGACCAAAGACCUCUACGCCCCCAAGCAAGGGCCCAAGAGUGGCAAGGGCAAGAAGGGCCGCAAAGGCAAGCCGCCCAAGUCUCCCAAGCCCCUCGGCGAGGAGGAGGAGGUCAGCCUGCAGAAGAGCCUCAAGUUCAACCUGGACGGGGUCAGCGACAGCCCCAGGAUACACCUGCCCCUGACCUACCCGCCGGGCAGCCCCGACCUGGGCCGCCACUACCGCUCCAACUCCCCGCUGCCCUCCAUUCAGCUCCAGGCCCAGUCUCCCUCGGCCUCCCAGAAGCACCAGGCCGUCCAGGAGCUUCCUGCCACCAACACCUUUGUAGGGACCGGCGGGGACGACAACUCCACGGGCUCCGACCAGUACUCGGAUUACAGCUACAAGGCCAGCCAAGUGAAGUACAGCGCCAAAACACUGCCUCAUCGCAGGGUGACGUUUUCCACCACCAAUCCGGUGCAGGAUCUGCAGGACUCCUCCCAGCAGAGUUACUAUGACAGCGGCCUGGAGGAGUCCGAAACCCCCAGCAGCAAGAGCUCGUCCGGGCCUCGCAUCGGGCCCUUGGCCCUGCCCGAGGACCACUACGAGAGGACCACCCCUGACGGCAGCAUCGGAGAGAUGGAGCACCCCGAAAACGACAUCCGCUCCCUGCCGGACGUGGCCAUGACGGGCAACUGCACGCAGGAGUGCAGCGAGCUGGGCCACUCGGACGCCUGCUGGAUGCCCGGCCAGCCCUCGCCCAUCCGCAAGACCGCCCAGCGCAACCCGCCCAAGCUCUCCACCUUCGUGCCCCGCAUGACGGCCUCCCGCAGUGCCUACUCCAGCAGUGGCCACGCCCCCAGUCAGGACUGCCCCUUGGAGGAGGUGCCUCUGAGCGUGGCCAGCGAAUACCCGCCCACCAGCCCGCCUUCUAGCCACUCCUCCAAGCGGGAGAUUUACCUGUGAAG